AGUUACAGCCCUUGCUUUCCGGAUGCACUCGGUUUUUUUCGGCCUCCUGCCUCCAUCUUGUACCGAGUCCGUGAUUUCCGGGAUUUCGUAGAACCGGGUUCGCUGAAGCCCAGUGGUCCACCGCUGAAACAGUAUCGCCCUCAGACACUGGGCAGCGAUGUUAAUAGCAACAAGACGACCGGUUUUGUGAGUCUUUGCCCUUUGUGCUUUCGUUUCUCGCUGUGAACUGGUCAGAAUAAGUUUACAGAGUUGGUCAGUAUGACAGCGGACCACACUGAGCUCUCGUCCGAAUAGUUACUUUAGUUUUUUUCGGUGGCCAGUCCAACAGCGGAUCCUCGGCGAAAGAAGAGCCGGUUACUGUUUAACAUUAAUGCUGUUUGGGACAGGAUCGCACAUUUACCGACAGAGUUUCUGUGAGAACCUCAGACCAAGUGCUGAAGAUUGAGGUGACUGUUGACUUCUUCCGAAUUUGGCAGGAUGCCUAUUCCUCCUCCACCCCCUCCGCCUGGACCUCCACCACCCCCCACCUUUAACCAGGCAAACACCGCACCUCCGAAACUUAAUCGAGAUGAAGCGAAAGGAAGAGGAGCUCUGCUGUCAGACAUCUGCAAAGGCGCCAAACUGAAGAAGACCAAUGUGGUCAAUGACAGAAGUGCACCUAUAAUUGAAAGUCGAGGUGGCAGCAGUGGUGGAGGUGGAGGCGGAGGUGGUGGAGGAGGAGGAUUUGGAGGUGGUUCUGGGCCAAUGGCCAUGGGAGGGCUGUUCAGUGGAGGAGUGCCCAAACUACGACCAGUCGGAGACAGCUCUGUAGGACGGUCGGCGCUGCGGCCGCUUGGCUCUAGGCCUGCAGUACCUCGUGCUCCGGGUCAUUCUGAACCAGACAGCUCCGGUCGCAAUAAUGGAGGUCGCUCCUCACCUCCAGAACAGCCACGAAAUCAACGACCCUCUCUGCCAGACACAUCCAAACCGUCUGCUGCCAGCAGCUCCUCAAAACCCAGCAGCUCCGCUCCACCUCCGCCCCCACCAUUCGGGCGCGGUGGCAAUCGUGGACCCUCCUCAGCCCAACAAGGUUCUGGAGCACACAGUCGUGAGAAACCCCUUCCAUCACCGCCUGCAAGCAAGGGGCCUCCACUGCCACCGUCUUCUGCUCGGGAUGGGCCUUCAAGACAUCCCCCUAUUUCAUCUCGCUCCUCUUCAUCCUCCUCCCCUUCCUCAAAUGCACCUCCACCUCCUCCUCCUUAUCGUCAGCCGACUAAUGCUGCAAAUGGUGACUCGGCCCCUGAGUUGCCGCAGAGACGAAACUCACUGAACAAGAGAAACCAUGCCAAUGCUAACGUCCGUAGCCAGGCUCCUCCUCCUCCAACCCCUGCCCAGCAGAACAGACGACCCCCACCACCAUCACGUGAUCCAGUGGGGCGUAGCUCAGCUCCUCAGGUUCCUCCUCCUACAUCUCGUAAUGGGGUUCGGGAAACGCCACCCCCUCCACCCCCUUACCGUGGCGGGCCACAAACAUCUUCUGAACCCCCUAGUCGAGGGAAGCCCCCUCCUCUCUCCUCUGCUGGACGCCAGUCUUCAGGACAUGCACCUCCUCCUCCUCCACCUCUCCGAAAUGGACAUGCGUCAUCUGCCCCCAAGUCCUUUUCUGAUGAUUUUGAGUCCAGGUAUGACUUCCACCCUAUAGAGGACCUUCCCCCUCCUGAAGAAUACAGACCCUUCCAGAAGAGCUAUCCCAGCCAAAGCAACAAGACUUUAGUGAGAGGUGCUCCUCCACUGCCUCCUGUUGGAGGAAGAUGAACACUGUUCAGAGAAGAGAAGGACCACAAAGAGCCGACAUAUAAACACAAACACGUACAUGCGUACACAGUAUGUAUUUAUGUAUGUUUGCCACACAAACAUUAAUUACACCUUCAAAUACAUCUACAAAUGUGACAUCUUUCAUAAGGCAACACUAUAAACACCUACAUGAUCUCUGAUCCAAACCACUCCAGAAUGCUGUACCUCUAGACCUUAAAAACACUGUGCAAUAUUCCUGUGCUGCCUCGAAAUGCACCUUUCAAUAUUGUCUCAGAUGACAGCAGCACAGCAAUGCGAGAGCAUGCAACUCCAGUUAACAUGAAGCUCGAUGUGUACAUUCCAAAAAAAUAGUUUUUUAUUCAAUGAGAAGAUGUGUAGCACUUGUAGAUUAUUAAUGACUAUGCAUAUCAGACAAAAAGAUAAUCAUGUAAUUUUAUAUAUUUUUAUUCUUCUUAUUUUUCUUUUAUUUCCAAAUCAGUCAGGAAUGAAUUUGCUUACACAACGAAGGCCAUGAAACAGCCUUGUUCCUCGUUCAUUCCACAUAUGUUUUCCUCCUCACACUACAGAGUAAGAAAAUACAAUGGCCAAUAUGGUCACAUAGGUUUUAAGAGGAGAGCUGAUUUUAAAAUAAAUAAUAAUAAUAAUUUGUUGCCUCGAUGUUGAAUCUAAACUACUUUUUUUUUUUUACUGACCAAAUAUACACUAAGUCUCAUUGGAUCUGUUGAAGACUCGGUCUUGUUGGAGAUCUGUGUUUUUGAAACCGUACACAGGUUGUGCCAUCUUCUGGCUCAUCUGCACCCUUUCUCCUGCUGGGUACCAAUGUUUCUGGGUCAUUUAUACACUGCAUUUUCAUAAUUAGUGUUUUAAACCUAAGCUGAAUUUCAGGAAAUCAAUUUUAGUAGAUUUUGUAUAAAACACUACAAGUUUUCUAAUGGGUUUAUUUUAAUUCUGUGACAUUGUAUUAUAUGUUAAGUAGAGACCAAGUACGUUAAUAAUGUUAUAUAGAAGUAUAGAAGUGUAUAAUUGGGAUUUGGUGACCAAUCAUUCUGAUUGUAAAUGUAAUUUUAUGUUUCUGAAUGUGUUCAAAUAUGUCAACGUAAUUCUGAAAUAAAAGGUGGGAAUGGGAAUUAAA